AUGUUCGCACCCUCCCUCCUCGAAUCACUCAAGAGCGCCAACCUCCUCCCCUCCGCCAUCAUCCCCACCAACUUCAACCCCAUCAUAGAUCUAGGCGUCACAUUCCCCUCUGGCCUCGCACCACACCAUGGCUCCCUCGCGCGCGUCAGCCAAGUCAAAGAACAACCCAAAAUCUCAAUCUCCAACCCUCCUCCCACAUCAUCAAACUUGACUUACACAUUUAUGAUGAUCGACCCAGAUGCGCCCACGCCUGACGACCCGAAAUUUGGUUACUGGCGCCAUUGGGUCGUGACGUCUAUCCCUUCUUCCUCUGCCACCGCCUCCCCGGAUGAUAUCACGGCGAGCGGAACGACGCUGACGCAGUAUUUGGCGCCCGGGCCGAAGGAUGAGAGUGGGCCGCAUCGGUAUUUGUUUUUGCUGCUUGAGGAGAAGGAGGGGAUUGCGCUGGAGAAGAUGGAUGUGGGGGGUGAGGAGUUUGUGGAUAGGAGGAGUUUUAGGGCUGAGGAGGUGGUGGAGAGGAAAGGGAUGAAGUUGGUGGGGGUGCAGUGGAUGAGGGGGGUUGGGGAUGGGUGGAAGGAGAGUAAAGGGGAGCUAUGA